CGGUGAUAUUUAUAUUGAAAAAAAGGCUCGCCAAAAGGAAUAUAAAUCUCGUGAUAAUCAUCAAAAGAUACCAGAUGAUUAUAUUUGCCCCGGAUAUGAUUGUGAUGAAAUAAAAACUCAAAUCGAUGUGGAUAGUUUAAAGAAAUAUCUUCAAGAAGAAAAAAAAUUGACAAAUCUUUUAACAAGUGAAGAUGCUGGAUUAUACCUUUGUGAAUAUACUUAUUAUAUUUCAUUAUGUGAAAAUGAGAAAAAAGACGAUAAAAAAAAGGUGUUAUUUGUUCAUGUCCCAAAGAAAAAUGAUAGUUUCCCUUAUUCAGUAGAUGAGGUAGCUAAAAUUUUGGAAGAUAUUGGCGAAUGG